AGCAUAGCACAGGCAAGCAGAACUCACUGUCUGUCACAGAGUGUGUGCACAACAGCAAGGAGGGCUGUGUUUGGUGGGUUUAGUCUAGAAAAUACUGUAGUAAAACCCAAAUUCGUUCAAAAUGGCUGCUGCUCAUCGUCUAGUGAUUGUACGCCACGGUGAGAGCUCCUGGAACCAAGAGAACCGCUUCUGUGGCUGGUUUGAUGCGGACCUCAGUGAAAAGGGUCUGGAGGAAGCAAAGCGAGGUGCUCAAGCCAUCAAAGAUGCAGGCAUGAAGUUUGAUGUGUGCUACACUUCCGUUUUGAAGCGUGCCAUCAAGACUCUGUGGACCAUCAUGGAGGUCACAGACCAGAUGUGGCUGCCUGUAGUGCGCACCUGGCGUCUGAAUGAACGUCACUACGGUGGUCUGACUGGUCUGAACAAGGCAGAGACAGCAGCCAAGCACGGAGAGGAGCAGGUCAAGAUCUGGCGCAGAUCAUUUGAUAUUCCCCCUCCUCCUAUGGAUAAGGACCAUCCAUACCACAAGAUCAUCAGUGAGUCAAGACGAUACAAGGGUCUGAAAGAGGGCGAGCUUCCCAUCUGCGAGAGCCUGAAGGAUACCAUCGCUCGUGCCCUGCCUUUCUGGAAUGAGGUUAUUGUACCCGAGAUCAAGGCCGGCAAAAAUGUCAUAAUCGCAGCCCAUGGCAACAGCCUCCGUGGCAUCGUCAAGCACUUAGAGAGCAUGUCAGAUGCAGCCAUCAUGGAGGACCUGUUGGUGAGCAAGUGA